AUGCCUCUACGAAGAGCAGUCAGAGUUCGUCCAGCUAUGAAGAGUAUUAAGGAACAAGAAUUACUAAGUGCCCAAGAAGUGCAAACCCAAGAAGAGAUAAAAUAUGCUGAUUUUCGUGAAGCUAUCCUGAUGUUAAGUCAAGUUGCGACCUAUCAUGUCGGGAAGGGAGAUAAUCGGCACGAAGUGGUUGAUACUUCAACAAUCCGUGAACUCUUAAGGAUGAACCCACCAAACUUCACAGGUUCAAGUGGCACUGAGAAUCCGGAGAACUUCAUUGAGCAACUUAAAAGGAUGGUUGCUGACAUGAGGAGCAGGAUGAGUUUAUAUGUUGCUGGGUUGUCUCGUCAGUCAAGCAAGGAAGGUAAGACAACUAUGCUAAUAGGGGAUAUUGAUCUAGUAAGAUUUAUGAUCCAUUUACAACAAGUUGUUGAGGAUAAGCUGAAGGAUAGAGAAGAGUUUAAGGAUAAGAGGGUUAAGAUAAUAGGGGACGAUGUGCCUGCACUUGAGAACAAAGAUGGGUGCAAUAGAAAUUCCUAUAAUUUCAGGGCUAGACUCGCCUAUCCUCAAGGCAGUAUGGUACCAAGGGGUAGUAAGCCUCCUGCUUGCGCCAAGUGUGGUAGGAACCACUCAGGUAUUUGUCAUGAGGGCUCUAUUGGUUGUUUCAGGUGUGGUCAGAGUGGACAUUUCAUGCGAGAGUAUCCUAAGAAUAGGCAAGGUAGUCGAAAUCUGAGCAGUAGGGCCCAAGCUUCAUCAGUUGCUCCCCCAGAUAGGAUGGUACCUAGAGGAGUUAUUUCUAGUAUGGGCGGAGGAGCAAACCGCCUCUAUGCAAUCAACAGUCGCCAAGAGCAAGAGGAUUCGCCAGAUGUUGUCACUGGUAUGAUUCGAGUCUUUGACUUUGCUGUUUUUGCUUUGCUAGACUCAAGAGCGAGUUUAUCUUUUGUAAUUCCUUAUGUUGCUAUGAACUUUGAUGUUAUACCUGAGCAACCUAGUAAGCCAGUCAUAGAGUGGAGUAGUAGUUCAGCAGUGCUUAGAGGUCGUUUCUUUUCGUACCUUGAGGCGAGAAAGCUCUAUAUGGGAGGGGAUGUAGAUCACUUGUUGGGAUGGUUUGAAGCUAGUGAUGCAGGGCUAAUAGGACUAGAGUUAGUUCAUCAAGCUAUAGAGAAGGCGAAAGUGAUUUAA